UAAUUUAAAUCAUGAGUCAAAUUAUAUUACGACAAUACUUAUCUGAGGUAAAUUUAAAUUAAACUUUUUUAUUACAUUCUCUCACUUAGGCAACUCAAAUAUGACUUGAGUUGCCCUUAAAAACUAAUAACAAUGAGUGGGACCCAAACGACACAAGUUGACUGUCCAACCAUGUCGUAGCCAUCUCAACUCUCACCAACCAACUCGCCCCUUCGUUUUUUCCCACCAACCCGCUCCCCUCUCUACUGUUCCUCUUUUUUAAAUUUCGUUUUUGGUGGAAUCGAAAAUCCAAUUCCAAUUCCCUUGUAAAAAAAAAAAAAAAAAACCAAUUCCAACCCACCAAACCCACGUAACCAAUUCGGAUUCCAAACACAAUCACCUCCAACAUUUACGUCUUGUCUAUUAUUUUCAAUGGCCAAUUCUCUACACAGUUGCUCAUCACCAGCCGUCGCUUGUCUCGGUUUCAGAACCGGAUUGCUCGGUGCAGAUUCGGGCUCUGAGAAACUCUCCUUCAGAUCUGUCUCUUUUCCUCUCAAGUUUUUGGAGACUACAAGACGGGUAGAGUCACAUAGAAAUAUGAGUGCAGUUGUUAAGGCAGUGACUGGUCUUGAUCAAGUGGAAGUUGAUAUCUCUUUGAGCCCCAGAGUGAAUUCUGUAAAACCCUCAAAGACUGUGGCUAUAACUGACCAAGCCACGGCUCUUGCACAAGCUGGUAUUCCUGUUAUUCGCUUAGCAGCCGGAGAACCCGAUUUUGAUACACCAGCUCCAAUAGCUGAGGCUGGGAUAAAUGCGAUUCGUGAAGGUCACACAAGGUAUACUCCAAAUGCUGGGACUUUAGAAGUCCGUGAAGCAAUAUGUCGAAAAUUGAAAGAGGAGAAUGGAAUCUCUUACACACCUGAUCAGAUUCUAGUUAGCAAUGGAGCCAAGCAGGGUAUUCUUCAAGCAGUGCUCGCAGUUUGUUCCCCUGGGGACGAGGUCAUAAUUCCAGCCCCAUUUUGGGUGAGUUAUCCAGAAAUUGCAAGACUGGCUGAUGCGACACCUGUGAUUCUUUCUACGAAGAUCGAAGAAAAUUUUCUCUUGGACCCAAAGGUUCUCGAAUCCAAACUCACUGAAAAGUCACGACUGUUGAUUCUUUGUUCGCCAUCCAACCCGACAGGAUCUGUUUACCCCAAGAAAUUGCUUGAAGAGAUUGCUCAAAUUGUAGCAAAGCAUCCCAGGCUUUUGGUUCUUUCAGAUGAAAUAUACGAACGCAUAAUUUAUGCGCCAGCAACUCAUACAAGUUUUGCAUCUUUGCCGGGCAUGUGGGAGAGAACACUUACAGUAAAUGGCUUUUCUAAGGCCUUUGCAAUGACAGGUUGGCGACUUGGAUAUCUUGCUGGUCCCAAACACUUUGUGGCUGCAUGUGGAAAGAUACAGAGUCAGUCCACCUCAGGUGCCAGUAGCAUAUCACAGAAAGCGGCUGUUGCUGCCUUGGGAAUGGGCUAUGCUGGCGGGGAGGUAGUUGCUUUUAUGGUGAAAGCGUUCCAAGAACGACGGGACUUCUUGGUCCAAAGCUUCCUUGAGCUGGAGGGUGUUAAAGUUUCGGAACCCCAGGGAGCUUUCUAUCUCUUCAUUGAUUUCAGCUCUUACUAUGGAUCCGAGGCUGAAGGAUUUGGAAUGAUCGAGAACUCUGAGUCUCUCUGCCGUUACCUGCUAGACAAGAGCCAGGUUGCGCUAGUCCCCGGGGAUGCAUUUGGAGAUGACAGUUGCAUCCGCAUCUCAUAUGCCACAUCUCUUACCACUCUACAAGCAGCUUUUGAAAGAAUUAAGAAAGCACUUAUCCCCCUUAAGCGUCCCGCCCAUGUUUAACCUGUCAGUGUUGUUGGUUGUUGUACUUUAUUUGAGUCUGAAAUUCCGACUUUAGUAUCUAUUUCAACUUCUAGGUAAUAAAAUGUUAAUCUAGGUUUCAUAAAAAAUGAACCUUCCUCUGCUGUAUUGAAUGGUUAAGGCAAAUAAGAUGUUGGCGUUGUGUUUGAGUGUAUACCAUUCAGGAAAAAAAAAAAAAAAAAGGGGGUAGAAUGUUCAUUCAAGUUCUUGUUUGGUAUGAAUGAUUCUCUUGGAAGCAUAGCAUUAGCAUUUUCUUUCAAUGAUUUCAUUCUCUUCACUGUAAAACUUAUUAAUGAAAAGGGCAUCUCUUUGUUUUUUUUGUUA